AUUUGAAGUGGGUUAACUUAGUUUUCUGUAAAAAGCUUGAAUUUGUUAUCCGAGUGUUGAUCAGGGAUGGUGGGAAUCUUUGAAGAAAUGGGUUUUGGCGGGAAUCUUGAUUUCAUGUCUGCUCCACCAGUAGAGGGAGAUCUGGCCCCUGAAGGUGAACCAGAGGCCACUGUUGAGGAGGAUUAUAGUGAUGAAGAGAUGGAUGUUGAUGAGCUGGAGAGGAGAAUGUGGAGGGAUCGGAUGCUUCUGAGACGGCUCAAAGAACAGAACAAGGGGAAGGAGGGAGCUGAUAGUGCGAAGCAGAGGCAGUCACAGGAGCAGGCUCGAAGAAAGAAGAUGUCACGAGCACAAGAUGGGAUUCUGAAGUAUAUGCUGAAGAUGAUGGAAGUUUGCAAAGCUCAGGGUUUUGUGUAUGGAAUCAUCCCUGAGAAGGGAAAGCCUGUUAGUGGUGCUUCUGAUAAUCUUCGCGCAUGGUGGAAGGAGAAAGUGAGAUUUGAUAGAAAUGGUCCUGCUGCAAUUGCCAAGUAUCAGGCUGAUAAUGUGUUCCAGGGGAAGAACGAAGACUCUAAUGUGGUUGCCUCGACCCCUCAUACUCUGCAAGAGCUUCAAGACACCACACUCGGUUCUCUCUUGUCGGCUCUGAUGCAGCACUGUGAUCCACCUCAGAGGAGGUUCCCACUGGAGAAGGGUGUUGCUCCACCAUGGUGGCCUACUGGCAAAGAGGAAUGGUGGCCUCAGUUGGGGUUUCCAAAGGAUCAAUGUCCCCCCCCUUACAAGAAGCCACAUGAUCUAAAGAAGGCCUGGAAGGUUAGCGUGCUCACUGCUGUAAUCAAGCACAUGUUUCCUGAUAUUGCAAAGAUCCGCAAGCUAGUGAGGCAAUCGAAGUGCUUGCAGGAUAAGAUGACUGCAAAGGAGAGCGCGACUUGGUUGGCCAUAAUUAACCAGGAGGAGGUCUUGUCUAGGAAACUCUACCCUGAUCGAUGCCCACCAAUAUCCUCAGCUGGUGGGAGUGGAUCUUUUGUUCUCAGUGACAGCAGUGAGUAUGAUGUUGAAGGGGUUGAAGAUGAACAGAGUUUUGAAGUACAGGAGUGCAAACCCAGCGAUGCAAACAUGUUGAAUAUGAGGAUGGGUGGAAACAAGUAUUCUUUGCCAGCCCCAGUCAAGGGAGAGAUUACUAGCUCAGAUUUCAUUCAGAAGAGGAAGUCAUCUGAUGACCCUGAAGCAGCAAUGGUGGAUCACAAGAGAUACACUUGUGAGAACCUUCCCUGCCCUUACAGUGAUUACCCCCUGGGCUUUCAUGACAGAAAUUCCAGGAAUAAUCACCAGGCGAGUUGCCCAGAUCGUAGUGUUUCACAGGGGUUUGGAAUCUCCAAUUUCCAGACUAAUGAAGAAAAACCAGCUAUCUUCUCUGUGCCAUAUGCUCAACCCAAGCCGGCACCUCCAGUGCCAAACCUGACUCAACCAUCCUUCAAUCUGUCCGGACUUGGGCUACCAGACGAUGGGCAGAAAACUAUAUCUGAGCUUAUGUCUCUCUAUGAUGCCAACCUGCGGCAAAACAAUUUCUCAAAUCCUAGAAACGAUACUGUUUUAGAAGAUCAAAAUCCUGGGCAGCCAGGAACUCAACUGGAUGAAAACUUCUUUGGCAGUAGCAUCUUUGGGGAGACCAAUGCACCAAUCAACCAUACAAUGUUCCCUGGAGAGGAAGUCCAGUUUGAUGCAUGCAAGGUGUUUGACCCACCAUUUGAGCCCAAUCAUGGCGACAUUGGUGUGGACUUCAGAUUUGGUUCUCCUUUCAACUUGCCGUCUGUUGAUUUUACUGAUGUCAUGCCUAGAGGAACGGUUGAGCCAUUGUCCUGCAAGCAGGAGAAUUCAAUCUGGUACAUGUGAAGGUAGUUUUGAGCAGUUGUCCCUGGGUGGUCCUCUUGGUGUUUCAUUUGGUUGGCAGGGGGAGCAUGGUAUCUGGAAAUGUAAAUUCUUGAAGGAAGGUUGUCACUACAUUUGUCUGCUCUGAUCAGGUGAAGCUUCUACCAGCUACCAGUCAAUAGCUUCUGAUGGAUGUUUAACCCUGUAGGGACUGAUUCGUCUUUGAAACUUAGGAUCUCAGGUUUAGGCUUUCUAGGGUCUGUUUAGUUACAGGAUCAGAAGUCAGAAUUGGGUUAAAUUAUGUUCUGGCCCUUGGCAUGAUUCGAUCCUAGUAUCCAUAGUGCUUAGAGACUUUUGCAGUUUCAUACCUUAAUUUGUAUUAAGAUUAAACAAUGUUAAAUAUUGUUGGUUAUCAAAAUGCUUAGUUGCAGGACUUGUUCUUAA